AUGUACCUGGUUAGCGAGAACCUGGUCAUGGAGCAGGUCAGAGAGACCCUCUACUGUGAUGAGGAGAGAUUUAGCAGUAUCUAUCAAAUGACGAAAACUCUGGGACGAGGAGCCUUUGCCAAAGUCAAACUGGCCUUUCACAUUCCCACUGCCAGCUACGUGGCUGUGAAGAUUCUAGAAAAUGUGAAGGGGGACUCUGCCCGGAACAAGGAGGUUGAUAUAAUGAGAUCCCUCGUUCAUCCGCAUAUUAUCAGGUUCUUUCAGGAGGUGAAGACACGGGAGAUGACGUAUGUCAUCAUGGAUUAUGCCUCAAAAGGGAACCUGUUGCAUCAAAUUCGCAAACCGGGAGGCUUGCAGGAGUGCGAGGUACGAAGGCUAUUUAAACAGGUAGUACAGGCAGUGAAGUACUGCCAUGACAACUGUAUUGUCCACAGGGACAUUAAAGCCAACAACAUCUUAAUCGACGCCUCUGGGAAUGCCAAACUCUGUGAUUUUGGCCUGGCAGUCAGAGUUGUCCCCGGGAAAAAACUAAAGACUUUCUGCGGCACUCUGACAUACUGUGCCCCGGAAGUCUUGAAAGGGAAGCGAUAUGAUGGAUAUGCCAGCGAUGUUUGGAACUUAGGCGUGGUCCUCUACUACAUGGUGGCCAGGGACCUUCCGUUCCAAGCGAGCUCUUUUAAGGGGUUGAAGCAGCAAAUUUUAGCUGCAAACUUCAGUAUUCCUCAUCAUGUCCCACUUGAUAUUUUCAAUCUAAUCGUGGAAAUCUUCAUGAACAGCCCUAAAAAGAGGCCCACCAUCAGUCAAAUCCUGAGGUGCCCUAUGAUCAGGGACAGCCAGGCCGGGCAUCCAUCCAGAGUCUCCCAGGCACCCGGAGCCCUAGCAUUGUCGGCACCAUGGCAGGCAUGGAGUACCAACGAGAAGACCAAAAAUUUAAUGAGGCAAUGGCCACAUACCCGAGUCUGCAACACCAGGCACCCGGGGGAGACUGCUGCCAUCACCGGGUGA